AUGGUGUCGGCUGGGCUACAGAUGCUGGGCACAGCCCUGGCGAUCAUCGGCUGGCUGGGAAGCAUCAUCAUCUGUGCUCUGCCCAUGUGGAAGGUGACAGCUUUCAUCGGAGCCAACAUCGUCACCGCUCAGGUCAUCUGGGAAGGGUUAUGGAUGAACUGUGUGACCCAGAGCACGGGACAGAUGCAGUGUAAGGUCUACGACUCCCUCCUGGCCUUGCCCCAGGACCUGCAGGCCGCCAGGGCUCUGAUCAUAAUCGCCAUAAUUGCCGGCCUGUUCGCCAUCCUGCUGGGCAUCGCCGGCGGGAAGUGCACCAACUUCGUGGAUAACGAGAGUUCCAAGGCCAAGGUAGCCAUCGCUAGCGGAGUCGUCUUCCUCAUUGCUGCCCUUAUGGUUCUGGUCCCUGUCUGCUGGUCGGCCAACACCAUCAUCCGAGACUUCUACAACCCCCUUUUGGUCGAGGCCCAGAGAAGGGAGCUGGGAGCCUCACUCUACAUUGGCUGGGGCUCCGCAGGGCUGAUGAUCCUGGGCGGGGCGCUCCUCUGCUGCUCCUGUCCCCCCAAGGAUGAGAACCACAAUGUCAAGUACUCCAAGGCUGCUAGUUCCGUGGCUGGCAGCAGCAGGGCCUACGUCUAG